AUGACUAGCAAUCACGAAGUUACGCUUCCUGUCCUUGGCGGCUAUACUACCUUCGAAAAUGCUAUGAAUCAGGAGAAAAACAUGCUCCAUGAGUUUGACCGUGCGAGGAAUAUGGACAAUUUGUUGACAUCAUUUGAAGACAAUCGCAGAGAAAUUGAGAAGACUGCCGCAUACCAUCUGCGUCUAUCUUCAUCGAUGACCUGCAAGCUUGCACCUUCAAAAGAAUGGCUCAAUGGGAGUUUCAAUGUUUGCAUGCCAGUCUAUGUCAAAGGACCAGAUGGAAUCCCCGAGCCCGAAUCGCAUGCGAUUAUUAGAUUCCCCAUGCCUUUUGAGUUAGGAGAACCCGGGUACCCUGGCAAUGUCAAUGAAAAGCUUCGUUGCGAGGUGGCAACUUUCAUAUGGAUACGAGAGAAUUGUCCUGAUGUCCCGAUUCCUCAUCUAUUGGGGUUUGGACUUGUUGGUGGUCAGUCGUUCACGACGCCUGAAAAUGUCCCAUUCAUAACCAGAAUGUGUUGGUAUCUCAAAAGAUACAUUUGGUGGCUCUGUCGCUAUCCUCUUCCUUGCAAUUUUGUCCCUCAUGGUCGAUCAACUAUGCUAGAGACCGGAUACCUAGUGAUGGAGAAUGUUGGCAGCUCAGAGGUGAAAGAGCUAUUGGAAACGUGGUCCAAAGAGCAUCAUAAUCAAGAAAAAAGAACCAAUCUCUUCCGCGGCUUAUCUCAGAUUAUCCUCUCUUUAAGCCAGAUACCACUUCCCCGGAUAGGAUCAUUCACUCUGGACUCGGACGGAGUUUUGCGACUCUCCAACCGCCCACUGACGCUUCGAGUUCAUGCUCUAGAAAGCGAUGGUAUCCCCACCAAUAUCAGUCGCACAAUGACUUACCCAGCAUCAGACGGGUAUUAUAAUGAUAUUCUAGCAUAUCAUGACAAUCGCAUUAUACACCAACGAAACUCUAUUUACGGCAAGCGUGAUGCCCGAGUACAAGUGGCAAGACUGACUAUGAUGCGAGCUGUCUUGCAUUCUUUCAUCAAUCGUGAUCUUCGAGAUGGACCCUUCUUAUUCAGACUUACAGAUCUCCGUCCGAGUAACAUCUUUGUGGACAGUGACUGGAAUAUCAAAUUUAUUAUUGACCUCGAAUGGGCAUGUUCACUCCCGGCUGAGAUGUUACGUGUGCCAUUCUGGGUGAGUGCCCGCUCUUUGGACGGCGUAUACGACGAGCACAUCUCUCUUUUCAACGAGAGAUAUCAGGAGUUCUUGGAUAUUCUCGAGGAAGAGGAGAAAUUGCGACCGCCGAUAAAUGGUGUCAGCUCAUUCCGUGCCGAUCUCAUGCGGACAGGGUUUCGAACUGGGAAUAAUUGGUAUUUUGAAGCACUGGAAAGGCCCAGCGUGCUGUUCAAUAUGUUUGAGCAGCAUAUUCAUCCAAUAUUUGUACCGGAGCAGGGUAUAUCCUCAGGAUUUGGACGGCUCAUCUCAAGGUAUUGGUCUCCUGAUACAUGGGAAUUUAUUGCCAAGAAGCUGGAGGAUCAACGAAAAUACGAAAGAGAAUUGUGUCAGCAGUUUGGGAGAUAUGUUGAACCGCUUGAAGAGACUCGGAGUUCGCAUGUUAGAAAUCGGUCCAGCGCAUAG